AUGUCUGCCUCAAGUCAGCCCAUAAGCCUUACAGCCUUCGCAGAAGCCAUAACAGAGCUUUCCCUCGAAUCCCUCCACGCCGAAGCCGCAAAAUUACACAACGACAUCAAUAAACUGCUCGAGUCCAACGCAGCCCUAGAAGCAGAAAAGGCUGUGGAGACGGAAGAAGGCAUCAAAUUUCUCGACGAGGUUAUUGCUGAGAAUGAAGGCGUGGUGAAGAGCAAGGAGGAGCGGAUUGCGCUGUUGAAGGUCGAGGUGGAGAAUCGAGGGCAGGUGUGGAUUGAGCCUGGGAAGAAAGAUGAGAAGGAUCAGGAUAAGGGGCAAACUCCGAUUGUGAAUGGGAGUGGUCAUGCUGGUGCUGGUGAGCAACGGGAUGAGAGUACCGACGAUGGGGUAUAUCUUUGA